AAGCUUAUGGUCCAUUGAAAAGGACACAGUACAGAAUUCCCCACUGACCAGAGGUAGAAGCUCACAUCACUGGAUCUGGGCUGUGGUGCAUCUUUACCAUGUCAGACACAGAAGAAACUACACAUGAGGGACCACAUUCUGCAGAGGAAAAUGGAAAUGAAGGAGAAGAGGCUAAACCCAAACUAAAACCUGGUUUUGUGCCGGGCCUGGCACCUCCCAAAAUCCCAGAUGGAGAAAUAGUAGACUUUGAUGACAUUCACAGGAAACGAAUGGAGAAAGAUCUGAUAGAACUUCAGUCGCUGAUUGAAUCGCACUUUGAGAAACGCAAGAAGGAGGAAGAGGAGCUCAUCAGUCUCACAGACCGUAUUGAGAAACGCAGGUCAGAAAGAGCUGAGCAGAUGAAGAUCAGGGCAGAGAGGGAAAGGGAACGGCAGAACAAACAGGCUGAAGAGAAAGCCAGAAAAGAGGAAGAAGAAGCUAAAAAGAAGGCAGAUGAUGAUGCAAGAAAGAAAAUGAUUCUAUCCAACUUAACUUUUACUGGAUACAAGACACAGGGUGAGACAAAGAAGCCAACAGAAAGAGAAAAGAAGAAGAAGAUCCUAAACGAUCGGCGCAAGGAGCUCAACGUUGAACACAUGAAAGAAGACCAACUCAGAGAAAAAGCAAAGGAGCUUUGGGACUGGAUUCGACAGCUGGAGGCAGAGAAAUAUGAACUUCAAUCUAAACAAACAAAGCAAAAGUAUGAGAUUACAGUACUCAGAAACCGGAUCAGCGAUCAUCAGAAAAUUUCAAAGGGAAGAAGGAGCAAGCGGGGGCUGAGAAAAUGACAUCUGACAUUCGCUGAAGGGAAACUGGCACCAUCAGACAUCCAAGUCUCACUAGAAACGCUGGAAACUGCAUACUAAUGUCUCUGAAUCGUUAAAACGUGCAGAGAACCAAGUUCCCAUGGUUCAAAUAUCACUGCUUGUUCUCCAAAGGUUUAUAAUUGAAAAAGCCUGAAUGUUCAUUCAGUCUAGCCGUUUUGCAAAAAUGUUUCUGUAUUUUGGCAAAAACUAAAUAAAAUAAGUAUUCAAAAAGGAA